UUUCGUAAAAAAUAAUAAACGUAUUCUUUUUUUUCUUCUUUUUCUUCUUCUAUUAAUUUAUUCAUUAUUUUUUCUUCCUUUUUUUUUUUUUCUUCCCUUCCCCCAAGCAAUCGCAUUUUGAGAGAUACCGAUUUGACAAUCACGAAUGAGUUUUUUUUUUCUUUUUCUUUUUCUUUUUUUUUUUAAUUUUUAUCUCUUCAAAGAACCAAAGUGUCAGCGAGAUUGCAAUCGUUCGUGCUUGAAACGAUAAUGUUAAUGUAAAAAUUCGAGAAUUAUUAUUGUUGUUAUUAUUUCUCUUUUCUACUUUUUUGUUCUCUCUCUCUCUUUUCUUCUUUAUGUUCGUUGCCAAGCGAAACCAAUUCGUUUGCACGGUCACGAUCUUCUUUUAAUAACUCUUCCUCUUUUUUUUCUCGCAACGAAAAGCAAACAGUAAUUUUUUUUCUAUAUUUUUCUUUAUUAACGUCAUCGUCGCUCGAAUUUAUCGUAAGUGAAAAAAUUUUUCUUCGAUGGAUUCCUUUUUUUCUUUUCUUUUCUUUUCUUUCCUUUCUUUUUCCUUUUUUUUUUCUUAUUCCCCUCGAUCAAAUCUGCCGUUAAAAAUUUUCUUUUCCACUCGUUAGACGUUUAACACCAACUGACUUAUCUGUUUUUUUUUUGUUCUUUACUUUCUUCUUCUUUUUUCGAAAAUUAAAUAAUGUAAAAAGGAAAAAAAAAUUGAUCUCAAAACGUCGGAUAUCCGAAACAAUCAUUUCUGUUUUUUGUUUUGUUUCCUCAGUUUUUUUCCUUGUAUUAAUUUCCUUCCUUAAUCAAUCUUUUUCGACAGAAAUUGUUGGUCAUCUGUUAGAUAUAUCAAAGAUCGAUCGUAAUCAUCGCAUUAGUUACAAAUUAUCGACUUCCGAUCGAUAUUGAAUAACCUGUACAAGGGAGAUUUUAAAUCGCGUUAAUCCUCUUUCGGAGAAAGAAAGAGAAAAAAAAAAGAGAAACAAACAGUGAAAAAAAAAGGGAAGAAGAAGAAGAAGAAGGAGAAGAAGAAGGGUCAAAAAAAUAAAAAAAAAGUAUCAUUCAGACGUACGUAUAUAUUUUAAGGGGGUGUCAUCGUUAAAAAGAAAAGAAAAGAAAAAAAAAAUGAUGUCUAUUAAUUAAUGUACAACACGUAUUACAUACGAUUGAAUGACAUAUCGCAAUCGACCGAUUGUCCGUGGGUCUUAUCUUGUCCUCGAUGAUAUUAUUGAAGAGUCUACAACCGUGAAAACUUCCGGAUAUUGUCCGAAGGUUGAAAUAUAAGGUUGAUAGAGGUGGAGAGGAUAGGAGGAGGAAGACGGAAGCGGACUUUCAAGCGUCGGCGUCGUUUUCAAAGAAUUCAACCGAGAUGGCCGAGAAGAUGUGAGAUUAUUCUCGUAUUUCUAUCUAAGAAGAAGAGCCAAUCUCUUAUCUGUAUCCUCAUAUUGCAUUCUUAUUCGAUGACAGGCUUAAAACGAAAGAGAACGUCGAGGGGAUCGAUGGUUCCCUAUCGGAGAACGUACAAACUUAUGAUUCUUUUUCAACUCAACAGGAUGAACUAAAAAUUUCGUAGGAUUAUCUUUAUUAUAUAUAUAUAUGUGUGUGUGUGUGUAUUUUUUGUUUUGUUUUUAUUCUUUUUUUUGUAAUUAUUGUUUUUAUUUGAUCACAUUUAGAAAUCAUUUUCCAAAUGAGAACGAAAUCGAAAUUCUUUGAAAUUUAAAAUGAGAAUAGAAUCUAACGAUAGUAUUGAUUGUUAUAUUAUGUUGUCUAUGUAUCUAUAUGAUUUUCAGGGACUUUAGUGCUUUUAUACAUAUAAUGAAGGUAAGCGUAACCGCCGGUAUCCUCUUCAUGCCUAAUACGUUUCGAAAAACCGGCUACGUGAUGUCCGUCAUUUGUGGUCUCCUUACUGGUGUGAUUUACAUGCACAAUUCUGUCGUUCUGGUGCAGUGCUCUCAGAUAUUAUGCCGUCAUCAUCGUUUGCCAAAUUUGGAUUUAGCUCAGACCGUCGAGGUCUCAUUUCUUACGGGUCCCGAGAAUACGCGUUGGUGUGCUAGAGGCUUUGCAAUCUUCACGAACAUUAUCAUAUGCUUCAUCCAGUAUUCAGAAGUCGUGAUAUACAUACUUUACGUAGCCAGUUCCUUUCAGCAGGUAAUCGAAUAUUACGGAAACAUCGUAAUGAACAUUAGAAUGUAUGUGUUGAUAUUUUUUCCAAUUUAUUGUUGCCUGAUACUCGUGCCUAAUUUCAAAUACCUGGUGCCAUUUUCUAUCUUCGGUACAAUCUUCUUCAUCAUCGGGAUAACGAUCAGCUUGAUUUAUUUUCUCGAAGAUUUUCCAAGCCUGAAACGUCUCGAUGCUUUCACAAACGUUCGCUCGGUCCCAAUGUUUCUCACUAUAUUUAUUUACGCUCUGCACAAUAUUACAAUAUUGCUGCCAUUAGAAAACAUAAUGCAUAAUCCAACUAAUCUACCAAGAUUGAUAAUCAUUUCCACGUUAUUUAACACGAUAAUUUAUAUCAUCUUUGGUUUUUUGGGAUACAACAAAUACAAGGAUACCUGCGACACCGUGAUCAAGAAUUUGCCUCUCGACGAAGUAUUAGCCGAAAUUGUGAAGAUUGGCAUUUCGAUGAGCAUACUCUUUUCGAUCGGUAUAAAUUAUAUCAUACCUGUUCAAAUAAUCUGGCCGAUAAUAAUGCACUUUACCGGUGUUAAUUAUCGUUAUGAAAUCCUCUUUCGUUUGGUUGGUAUUGCAUUGCUAGCAAUCAUGGCAAUCGCAAUUCCACGAAUGAUUCCUCUUACUGGCCUUCUCGCUGCCUUGGGCAUGACGAGUACCAUAUUGUUUAUUCCCAUGUUGAUAGAGAUCAAUACCAAGUGGCAGGAAGCAACAUACAUUUUAUAUAUCAAGAAUGGAUUUCUAUUCAUCAUUUUUCUCCUCGUUUUGAUUUUUGGUGCCAUAGAAAGUUUGAGUACAAUUAUAGUGAAUACCGAGAGUAUAACUAGUUGCUGAGAAUUUUUUUAAAUGAAGAAAAGAUAUGAAUAUUGAGAUCUCUCGAUCGCGAUAUAACGACGAGUGAGUGGAGAGAGUGAAUAUGUACGUAAGUAUGUACUGCGAUUACAUAAGAAAGUGAACCGAAAAACGUGAUUGAACAUGCCUCUUUGAAAUCGAUUGCAUGCACUAAAGAAGGAAACACGUGCACGAGAUAUGAAAUCGAACAAACAUCGAUUGUGAUUAAAGAAAAAAUAAAAAAAAAAAAAACAAGGAAAAAUAAAAAAAAUCGAAGAGAAAAGAAGGAAGAAAAAUAUAAAAAUUGUUUUUCCAAUUUGAUAAAUUAUUUGUAACCGAGAGAAUAAAAGGAAAAUAUUGUAUUAUAUAAAAAAUCAAAUAUAAUAAAAUUUACGAUACAAUAAUAU